CGAAACUCAUAUGACAAUAUUAAUGGUGAUGUGCUAAAUGUCUUGGAAUUCUGCUUUAUUAAGUUCAACCCAAUUACAAAAAAAUCUCAAUUCUUGCUCUUUCACUCAAUUUCACCAUUCGAGUCUUCUCCAUUUUGAAUCAAUCUCUUGAUGAUGCUAUCACUAGGUUCUGUCUCUACUGUUAAGAAUCUCAAAUUCACACCAAAGUUAAGUACUUUGAAUGGUGAUUCAGCAUUUAGCAAGGGUUUGGGUGUUGGUAGAUUGAACUAUGGAAGUGUUAGAUUGAAUCAUAAGCAUGCAAGAGCUGUUGGUAAGAGUUUUGGUGCAGAUGAAUCAAAAGAAGAUGAUGUUGUUAAUGCUACAAUUGAAAAGAGCAAAGAAUUUCUUGCUUUGCAAAGGGAGCUUAUUCAACAGAUUGCUGAAAGAAAGAAACUAGUUUCUUCUAUAGAUAGUGACAGCAUUGCUGGAUUUGAAGGAAACGGUAUUUCUUAUGAAAGCGGUGAGAAAUCUCUGUCAAGCGACUCAAAUCCACGAAAAGAUUCUUCCAGCAAUGGCAGUGCUGUUGAGAAGCCACCACCGUUGGCUGGGACCAAUGUUAUGAACAUUAUAUUGGUUGCUGCAGAAUGUGCUCCUUGGUCGAAAACAGGCGGGCUUGGAGAUGUUGCUGGAUCAUUACCGAAGGCUUUGGCUCGGCGUGGACAUAGAGUUAUGAUUGUUGCACCUCGAUAUGGUAAUUAUGCUGAAGCACACGAUAUAGGAGUACGGAAGAGAUACCAAGUAGCUGGUCAGGACAUGGAAGUGACAUAUUUCCAUAGUUAUAUUGAUGGUGUCGACUUUGUUUUUAUUGAGAGUCCAAUAUUUCGCAAUCUAGAGAGUAACAUAUAUGGCGGAAACCGAUUGGAUAUUCUAAGGCGCAUGGUGUUAUUUUGCAAGGCAGCGGUUGAGGUUCCUUGGCAUGUUCCGUGUGGUGGAACUUGCUAUGGCGAUGGAAAUCUGGUCUUCAUAGCAAAUGAUUGGCAUACUGCAUUGCUACCGGUGUAUCUGAAAGCAUAUUAUCGCGAUCAUGGUUUGAUGAACUAUACAAGAUCGGUUCUCGUGAUUCAUAACAUAGCUCACCAGGGUCGGGGCCCGGUCGAAGAUUUCAACACCGUGGGUUUAUCUGGAAACUAUUUGGAUCUUUUCAAAAUGUACGACCCUGUUGGAGGUGAGCAUUUCAACAUCUUUGCAGCCGGUUUAAAAACAGCAGACAGGAUUGUCACUGUCAGUCACGGUUACGCCUGGGAGCUUAAAACUUCCGAAGGUGGUUGGGGUUUGCAUAACGUCAUAAAUGAAAAUGACUGGAAAUUUCAAGGAAUUGUGAAUGGUGUCGAUACAAAAGAUUGGAAUCCUCAAGUUGACGCUUACUUGACAUCAGACGGCUACACUAACUACAACCUGAAAACCCUACAAACCGGCAAGCGUCAAUGUAAGGCAGCUUUGCAAAGGGAGCUCGGUUUGCCAGUCCGUGAGGACGUUCCGAUAAUUUCCUUCAUCGGAAGGCUCGAUGGCCAAAAGGGUGUUGAUCUUAUAGCCGAGGCGAUUCCUUGGAUGAUGAGUAACGACGUUCAACUAGUCAUGUUGGGAACCGGAAGAGCUGAUUUAGAACAAAUGCUAAAGGAAUUCGAAGGUCAACACCACGACAAAAUUCGUAGUUUGGUCUGUUUUUCGGUUAAGAUGGCUCAUAGAAUAACCGCAGGUUCGGAUAUAUUACUCAUGCCGUCAAGAUUCGAGCCGUGUGGACUGAAUCAACUCUAUGCGAUGAGCUAUGGAACGGUUCCUGUUGUACAUGGGGUGGGCGGCCUCAGAGACACAGUGCAGCCUUUUAAUCCGUUCGACGAAUUGGGUGUCGGUUGGACGUUUGAUCGCGCCGAUGCCAACAAGUUAAUUGUGGCAUUAGGGAAUUGCUUGUUGACUUAUAAGGAUUAUAAGAAGAGUUGGGAAGGGAUUCAAGAAAGAGGAAUGUCACAGGAUCAUAGUUGGGACAAUGCUGCCCAACAAUAUGAGGAAGUUCUUGUUGCUGCCAAAUAUCAAUGGUGAUUUCUUGACAUGCACUCCAUCUUUGUAGUCUGCUCGAAAUGAGGGGCUUUCAUGCUGAAUUUGUUUCACGAGAGCGAAAUACACAGUGUUGCAGCUGUGGAGGCUGUUCGAUCUAGAACGAAAAAUUUGAUUUCACUAGAUUGAUCGGACUUUACCGAGCUGGUGCACCGCGAAGUUGGAGGAACAUUUGCCAUGUGAACUAAGGAAGGAAUGUGUAAUUCAAUUGCAACAUAAUGUUUUUGGCACAUACAAUGUAAAAUGAAGUGUAUUGAAUGAAAAUAAAAAGAGAAUCUUUCUCUUUC